UCUUACCACCUGUCAAACGCUAUCGUGUGGUUAACUUAGCCUUUUAGCUAACUUCACAUUCUAGUCUACUUACUCCUUGGUUAACUUAACUCCCGAUUCAUCUACCUCUGAAUUUGAUAACUCCAGAAAUCUAACCCAACUGGAUGAUGAAUCCUCAAAUUAGCCGAUUUCUCCUAAAUGUUAUACAAGUAGACUUGUAUUUUAAGAUAAGCUUUAAAAUAUUAUGUACAGUAAAUUUUUGUCAUCGCAGGUCUAAAAGUACGUAUGGCAAACAAUGUAUCAGCCAUAGCAAAUUAUUUAUAAAUGUCUUCAUUAACGAAACAAAGACAAGCAAAUGAAGGGACAGUGCCAAGUGCAAUAAAAGUAAUUAAAAAAUCCAGUGUUUUUUCUGCGCAAAGUGUAAUAGCGCAGGGAUUUGUGCCCACUCAUGGCAGAAGACACUACAUUUCCUUGUGGUGUGCGAGAAUAGCCUUAUGUCUGGUGUUGGUAUGUGACCUCUGUGUGGUCCUCUGCGCCUCGAGAUCUGUCAGGACACUCUCAGGCAUUGUGUCGGGAGUAGUGGUUACACCACAACAUCCCCGACUGGAGGCAGUGGAAGUCUUCAAGGGCCUGCCUUACGCGGCAACACCUAAGAGAUUCUCCCCACCACAACCGGCGUCAUCGUGGCGUGGAGUUAGAACAGCAGGGAGGUUUGCUCCAGCCUGUCCACAGAGAUUUCCAGAUAUCCGAGACGAAGCGAAGGCUCUAAAGAAAAUAUCCAAAGGCCAUCUUGAGUACUUGAAGAGAGUAAAUCCCUUGCUGACCAGUCAGAGCGAAGAUUGCCUUUAUCUGAACGUGUAUAGACCUCUGAAAUCUUCGGUCUCUACCAAACUUCCGGUGUUGGUACUUGUGGAGGGCGAAAGCUUCGAAUGGAGUCCCGGCCACUUGCACGAUGGCUCUGUCCUCGCCAGCUACGGUAACUUGGUUGUCAUUACUCUCAGUUACCGCCUGGGACUAGUAGGAUUCUUAAGCGCUGACCCCACUCGAAAGACUUUGGCAAAUUUUGGGCUUCUGGAUAUAAUCGCCGCACUCCGUUGGGUCCAAGACAACAUUCAAGAGUUUGGCGGCGACCCUGAAACAGUCACGCUUGCAGGGCAUGGGUCGGGGGCGGCCUGUGUACAUUGGCUCAUGACAUCCCCUUCUGUUGCACCUGGGACAUUGUUCCGAAGAGUGAUACUAAUGUCAGGAUCCGCUGCUAGCAUCAAGUCAUCGGUCAGAGAUCCUUGGACAAUCACUCAGAAGAUAGCCAGCCAUGUAAACUGUCCCCUUGAUCAUCGUCUACUGAAUUGCUUGAGGGAUAGACCACUGGAAGCGCUCAUGUCGACGCCUCUAGAUUCUUCUAAGUUCUCUACCAGUUUCGGCCCGAGCGAAGAUGGAGUUGUUAUUGUUCGUGGCCAAUUGAGGAGUUUACAUGAGUACAAGAAUCCGAAAAGGGAUCCACAUUUUCUAAAAUUUACACAAGGACUCACACAUAAAUCUCUAAGACACAAGAGGAUCGCUAAAUACGAUCUUCUGCUCGGUGUGGUGAAAGUGGAAGCAUUCAAUUACUUCUCAGAACAUAACAUCAAUCUUGGUAUAGAAAGUGAAGAGAAGAUUGAAAUAUUACAAUCCUUUGUCAACCAAACUUACAGGUUUCAUCAGGCCGAGAUUUUGGCCACUCUAGUAAAUGAGUACACUGAGUGGGAACGGCCUGUUCAGCAUCCUGUCAAUACCUUACAUGAGACCAUGGAGGCUCUGGGGGACGGCCUCGAGGUGGCGCCACUGGUCCGAGCUGCCGAUCUGCACUCUAGCGGCGAUAGCAGGUGUUACUUGUACGUCUUCGGUCACCAGACCCGUGGAGGUCUCUACCCUCAGAAGCAGGGAUGUGUCCAUGGAGAAGAGCUGCCCUACUUGUUCGGGGCCCCAUUAUCUCCCGGCAGAGAUUCCAUCUUCUCGUACAACUUCUCUCAGGCAGAGUCUAGGCUUUCGGAGACCGUUAUGAGCUACUGGGCAAACUUUGCACACGUUGGAGAUCCGAACAGAAGCGGUUCACUGUCACAGAGAGAAGAUAUUAAAAGGCACAAAUAA